AUGGGGAAUCAGUGCGUGCGUGGCGGCAAGAAGGGCGGAGGAACUUGUUUCAGCGGCUCGCUGCUGCUUUCGCGGAACGAGGACGACAUCCGCAGACAUUACCGCAUCGGCCGCGUCCUCGGCUCAGGCUCCUUCGGUCAAGUUCGCGAGUGUGUCAAGCGAGACUCUGGGGAAGUCUUCGCGGUGAAAAUCAUCGAGCGCCGCAUGACUGCGAAGGAAAAGAUGGCGCCCGGACGCCCCUCUAACGAAGCGAUGAUCAAAUCCGAAGUCGACAUCCUCAAAGACCUCGAUCACCCAAAUGUGAUAAAGUACAUCGACUUUUUUGAGGAUCGACAUUUCUUUUACGCGGUGCUGGAAAUCUGCGACGGCGGAGAGCUCUUCCACGAAAUCGUGCGGCGGCGGCAUGUGACUGAACAAGACGCAUCGAGUUUUUGCAAGCAGAUGGUAUCGGCACUCGCCUAUCUUCACGAAAGAGGCAUCGUGCACAGAGACGUCAAGGCUGAGAACUUCUUGUUCAAGAGCAAAACGCCCGAUUCCCCCAUCAAGCUCAUCGACUUUGGCAUGUCGGCGAGGAUUCCGGAGUGCGGAUACCUGACCGACCUCUGCGGCUCGCCUCACUACAUUUCGCCGGAGUUGAUCAGCAAAAACUACGGAGCCGGUGUUGACAUGUGGGCGUUUGGCGUGAUGAUUUAUCUGAUGCUUUUUGGUCGCUACCCCUUCGAGGGCGCGAAGGCUUGCCAAAUCGCGCGGGAGGUUCAGAACAAGCAGCUCGACUGGACCAGCAAGGAGUGCCUACAUCUGACGGAGUGCUGCAUUGACUUCCUCAGCCGCCUGCUGGACCGAAAUUACAAAACGCGUCUGACUGCAGCCCAGGCCCUGCAGCACCCGUGGAUCACCUCGUCGUCGCCUCUGAAGCAGCUCUCGGUCAUCAAUCACGAGACGCUCGAGUUGGCUAGGCGCUUGUCGGUGGACUCAGAGCACGUUGGAGGUCGGCGCGUGGCUGCGCGCGUCAACUCCAAGAUGGCGAUUGCUGAGAAGGAGUUCCGCCAGGGGAAAAGCACCGGGCGGCGAAUCUCGGUCUCUGAAAGUCAGCGAUCUUUUGCGUGCAAGUAA